AUGGCAAAGCGGGAGCUCUCCAGCACUUUGAAGAACUUGAAGUUUAUGCAAAGAGCAGUUCAGAGAGAGGAGAAAACUAAGAAACAUGAAGAAGAGGUCAAACCUGAUGGGAAUUUCUUUUCCCCUGGUACCAUUAAGAAGUGUGUUGUAGUAAUGGAAGGGGAUCCUCACCCAGGAGCAGUUUUAGGCCGGAUGUCAUUUCAAAGUUUCAAUCCAUCUGUCGAUAAACUAAAUGAAGCAGCAGCAAAUGAAGCAUCCGAUGCACAUGCCUCUACUUCCAGCCGUCAGAGUGGAAAAACAUCUUUGAGAGAAAAUGAAACAUCACUGGAUGGGGUAGAGUGCUCAAACACUGCUAAACUAAAUUCUGAGGCAAAUGGAGAUCAUAAAAGAAAACAACCUGAAGUAACACAAUAUCAAAAUAAAUCACCGAAAAUGGUUCAAGAUGGUCACCAAUCAUCAUCAAAUAGCAGUAAAGGCUCCUUCAAGCAGCCAAAGCGUGACAAGCUGGACUGGAGUGUUCUCAGACCAAAAAGUCAACACAAUCAAAAUAAAAGAGGGUGA